AUGUCAUUUUCUCCUGUCACCCAUGUGAUUUUCGAUUUUGACGGACUUCUUGUCGAUACAGAAUCCGCUUAUACUCAAGCGAAUUCUGAAUUGCUGAAAAAAUAUGGAAAAGUGUUCACAAUGGAUUUAAAAAGAAGACAAAUGGGCAAACGACAUGAUGAAUCGAUUCGCUGGCUAAUCAAUGAACUGAAUAUCGGAGAUCUUGUGACUCCAGAAGAAUAUUCUCUUCAAUAUGAUGCCAUCCUAAUUGAAAUGUUCAAACAUAGUCCUGCAAUGCCGGGAGCUGAGAAAUUGGUCCGUCAUUUGAUCCAUCAUCAUAUUCCAAUUGCUCUUUGUACUGGAUCAUGUUCUAGAACUUUCCCGACUAAAUUGGAUAAUCACAGAGAUUGGGUUGACAUGAUCAAAUUGCAAGUACUCUCGGGCGAUGAUCCGGAAGUGAAGCACGGAAAACCUCAUCCAGAUCCAUUCCUCGUCACCAUGAGACGUUUCCCAGAAGUUCCAGAUAAUGCUGGAAAAGUGUUGGUAUUCGAGGACUCUUACAAUGGAGUACUAUCUGCAUUAGAUGCCGGAAUGCAGUGUGUGAUGGUCCCAGAACGAUCGAUUUAUGAUCCAGAUCAAGAUCCAGAGUUCAAAAAACGAGUUACUCUAAUUUUGGAUUCACUGGAACAUUUCAAACCAGAGGAUUUUGGAUUGCCGGCUUAUGAUUAG